UAGCAUCCCAGACAGCCAAGGGAGUGUAGGCGGCCUCUACGUGAGUCGUGGCAGGGAUGGCUGGCACUGGCGCUGCCACUUUCCUUCGCGCUCAGCUGUGCUGAAUGCUCCAGGACUCAGUUACUGGAAUUGUCCACUCCUUCAACCGAUUUUCUCCACCCACUAUGAGCAGACCAACUCUGCUGCCCUCCUGUGUGGCUUUCUGCAGCAUUCUCUUCCUCACCUUGGCCACAGGAUGUCGAGCUUUCCCACAGGUGGAAAGGAGGGAAACAGCACACGCUUAUGCAGAGAAGGCGCAGCCCCAGAAGAUGGACACAGAUGACCAAGAAAACAUCUCCUUUGCUCCAAAGUACACACCCCAGCAGAUGUCCUCUGAUGCUCCCAUGGUGCUCUCUGCAGGACCGUCAGUGACACCAUUACAUAAAGUAUUCUCUGUGAGCAGGGAGAGUCACCUUCCCGGAGCUGGGCUACUGUAUGCUACCAGCCCUGGUGUUUACUCUUCUAGUGAGCAAGUGGUUUCAACCAGUGACCAAGAGCAUGGCCCCAGGCAGCUUGAAAGAAUGUCUCCUGAGCACAGCCUUCCCACGUCCAUGUUAACUGUUGCUGUAUCUUCUUCACCUGCUUCUCUGAAUCCUGACCAGGAGGAACCCUACAGCAGUUCGAGCACCCAGUCCAUGGUACAAGGGAUCACAGAUGGGGCCCAUGGUUUCCUGGAGUAUUUAGAUAACCAGGUGUUUGCAACUGGAAGUCAGGAAGCAGUUAGCUUAGGAAAGUCACCUCCUUCUUCUAUAAAUACCAAAGACACUGAGAACAUCAAAGCAGAUGCAGCCAUGAGAACUACUGCCUUUCCUCAUGUUGAUUCCACAACAGAGAUGAAGCCUGAUAGGGAGAGACCCUCAGAUAUGGCAGCUGAUGAUGCUCAGAGCAAUACCACUAAGUAUUUGGUGACACUCUCCAAGAAUGUCCUGACUAUUGAGCCAACAGCUGACAGUGUUUUGGGAAACCCUAAGGUCACAGUGAGUGUCAGUACACCUGAUCCAGUUUCUUCUGUCUUCAGCGAGGAGUGGGAUGACACCAAAUUUGAGAGCAUAAGUCGAGGGAGGCCCCCAGAGCCAGGAGACAAUGCAGAGACUCAAGCGAGAACAGAGCAACCACAUGGAAACUCUGAGAGCUUUGAGGGGACUGAGGAGAGCCCCACUUCCACACAGGUUGCAAAGGUGGCUCCCGGGCUCCCGGGAGGAGAAACACCCUUGGGAACAGCCCUGGUAACUGCACUGGGGGAUGAGAGAUCAACAGUCCCGAGCCAUCAGAUUUCCUUCACUCCCACGAGUCCUGUAGAAGACCCUGAAGUUUCUACUAUGAAGCUGUUCUCAAGUGCAGGAGGCUUCACAGCAUCCACCCAGGGGUACAGGACCCAGUUCUCCUCAGAGACCGCAGUUUCUCUGUCUCAAUAUGAGUCUAUGCCACAGCAGGCAGCAGGAAAUGUGCUAAAAGACAUCACUCAAGAGAUGACAAUGGCCACUCAAGAAAUAGACUCCACAUUACCCGUGGUCACACAAGAGCAUAUAGCCACCGUCGAGGUUCCCAGAGGCAGUGGGGAGCCUGAAGAGGCCAUACCAUCCCUCUCCCCUGUGUCUGCUGAAGUGGAUGAUGCUGAGCUCUCCAGACGAUGGGAGUCUCUGGCCACUCCAGCCUCCACCACUGUUGUCCCUCUGUCUCUCCAACUUACCUCAUCCAUGGAAGAUCUCAUGGACACAAUCACUGGGCCAAAUGAAGAAUUCAUACCAGUUUUGGGCUCUCCAAUGACACCCCCGGCAGUGACUGUGGAAGCUCCCACAAUUUCUCCAGCACUCCCUUCCGAGGGAAGAACGAGUCCAUCCCUCAGCCGCCCAAGUACAGCUGCCUCUUAUGGCCUGGAACAACUCGAAUCUGAAGAGGUAGAAGAUGAGGAGGAUGAAGAAGAUGAAGAGGAAGAGGAAGAAGAGGAAGAUGAGGAAGAUGAAGAGGACGAGGAAGAUAAAGAGGCAGACUCCUUGUAUAAGGACUUCAAUAGUGACACCGAACCACCAGGGUAUACUCUGCCUGGCAUCACAUCCCAGGAACCUGACAUAGGGCCAGGAAGCAUAGACCUACUAGAGGUAGCCACCUACCAGGUGCCAGAGACCAUCGAGUGGGAACAACAGAAUCAAGGUCUGGUGAGAAGCUGGAUGGAAAAGCUAAAAGACAAGGCAGGCUACAUGUCUGGAAUGCUGGUGCCCGUUGGGGUAGGGGUAGCCGGAGCCUUGUUCAUCUUGGGAGCGCUGUACAGCAUUAAGGUUAUGAAUCGCCGAAGAAGGAAUGGCUUCAAAAGGCAUAAAAGGAAGCAGAGAGAAUUCAACAGUAUGCAAGACAGAGUGAUGCUGUUAGCUGAUAGUUCUGAAGACGAAUUCUGAGCUGGACUUGAGUUCAACCGAGACAUCCCAUGGGAUUAUUAUCUUGUUUUCUAUGAGAAGACAAACAGAAGAAAGAGAAUAAAUAAAUGAGAAAGAACAGUAUCUAUCCACCUUGCUGCUACCAGGCCUCUGGUCCAGCUCCUGUCUCUGCUGGAGAGUAGAUUUUUUUUUCUUGUGCUCAGCAUAAAAACCACGCUGUACCCUCAAUGCAGCAUGCAGUGUUCGGCUCGUCUGUAGUGUAUAUGUCAUCCAUAAGGGCUGGGAUUUAGAAACACACAGGCUACAUGUUCAGGGGGAGUUAGGUAGAAUAAAUAUUUCGUAUUUUUCCAUUGC